CUCACAAUGGCAGCCCGUUACCGGCGCCCCGCGCCUACCGGAUCCUCUCCCGAAUCCUCCCCCGAGCCCUCCAAACCGCUCAAAGAAGCCGCCGAGUCUUCUCAGCCCGGCCUCUCAAUCCUAGACAUCCUGCGAGUGCUCGGCGGCAUCCUCCUCCUCAGCAGCGGCAUCAGCUACCUCUCCACAAGCGGAGAGUCCAUGACAUGGGGCUACAAUCCCUGGUGGACACGCGCGCGAGAAUGGAAAGCUCUCCUCACCCUCAAUCGCCCCGUCUAUCUCACCGAUGAGGAGCUGCUAGCCUACGACGGCACCGACCCCACCAAACCCAUCUACCUCGCCCUCAACGGCACCAUCUACGACGUCUCCGCCAACCCGCACACCUACGGCCCCGGCGGCUCGUACCACUUCUUCGCCGGCCGCGACGCCGCGCGCGCCUUCCUCACCGGCUGCUUCCAGGAGGACCAGACGCCCGACCUGCGCGGCGUCGAGCAGAUGUUCAUGCCUAUCGACCCGUGGGACAAAAAGCCCGCCGACUCCGACUCCGACUCGCCCGAGGAAGCCGCAAAGAAGAAGGCCAAGGAGGCGGAUAUGAGGAGAAAGGCAGGGAGGCUGACGAAGCAGGAGUUGAAGAAUAGACAUGCGAAGGAGUUGAGGAGCGCGCGGAAGCAGGUCAAGGAGGGGUUGGAGCAUUGGCACGCGCUCUUUCGCGGGGAUAAGGGGAAGCCUUAUAGGAAAGUUGGCGAAGUCAAAAGGGAGAAGGGAUGGUUGGAGAAGUUGCCCAAAAGGCCGCUGUGUGAGCAGGCGCUGAAGAGUCGGCCGGUGAGAAAGUAUGAUGGAGGUGGAGCGGAGUAA